AUGAUAUCUCAUAGUUAGAGCAUUCCUAGAUAAAACGAUCCAUAAGGAUCAAGUCAUAAAAAUAUUGGAGAUCCUCAUGAAGUUAGACUUGUCGAUGAAACUGAAACUAAAAGAAUGAGAAAGAGUAAUUUUAAUAGGUUUAAGAAGUUUGUAUUCUCAUAACCUAAUUCAGAUAAAGAAAUAUUAGAUAAAAAAAUCAUUUCUAAAUUUAUUAGUGUUCUCAAAUAAAAGGCAUAUAUUUAUCAUGACUGCUUUUUUAACUCAUUAUAAAAAGAAAUUUUAACUGAAAAAUAUAUGACAUUGCCAAAUAAUACAUUUACUAAUAAUGGAAACAAAAAUCAAAUAAUAUUGGAUUUUUCAUUUUAUUUCAUUUGGGAUUUGCUCAAUUUAUUCUAAAUCAUAAUUUUGUUAUUUUGGAUAAUCUUUAAAAUUGCAUUUAAUUCCACAAAUCAAUAUUUAACACAAGUCAUUUUCAUAUUAUUUAUUGUACUUGAUAUAUUUAUUUGCUUAAUAUCCCCAUACCUAUAAAAAGGAUACAUGAUUCUUAAUAAAAUCGAUGUUAUUCGUAAUUCAAUCCCUUGUACGAUAAUUAUAAAUUUAAUAUAUUCAGUUUCAACGACAAUAUUAUUAUUAUAGGAUAAUAAUGAUGAAAUUUUGCUCAUUUUAUAUGCCUUUUAAUUGAUUUCAUCAUUUGCUAAACUAAAUAAAAUUUAGAAUAAAUUAUCAGAUUUUACUUCCUUAAAUUUUGAACUUCUUGUUAAUAUAGGUUAAUUAGUGUUUUUACUACAUUUAAGUUCAUGUAUUUGGCAUAUUAUAGGAAUAAAUGAUGAAAAUUCAUGGAUCUAUAAAAAUAAUUUAGAUGAAUCAGAUAAAAUUACGAGAUAUUGUCAUGCGUUCUUUUAUUCGAUAUCUUUAUUAUUUAAUGUAGGUUCAAGUAAUAUAAUUAUUACAACAAAUACAGAAUUGAUUUUCUCGAGUGUUUUAAUUUUUCUCUCUAUUUGGAUUUGCUGUCUAAUAUUGUUAUAAUUAAAUUAAUAUUUAAAGCACUUUUAUGAAUAAUAACUUGAUAUAUUUAAGGAAAUGGAAACUAUAAAUGCUUUCUUAAAUAGAAGAAAAGUUCCAUUCUUAAUAAAAUGUAAAGUUAGAAAUUAUAUUAAGUACAUGUUUUAAAAAUAAAAAAGAAAUGAUUAUGAGAUUUAAAAUAUUCUAUAAUCAUUAAGACCAGAUCUAAAGGAAGAAUUAAUUUUAUGA